AUGGAAGCUGCGGCGGAGAAGGUCAGGCAGCUGACCCGAUCCAUCUUGCCUGAACUACCACACCAGUUGGCCAAAUCUCCAGAUUGGAAGUGCCGCAACACACCUGACGACAAGAAACGCAUCGAGGAACAGUACAAUUCUAGGCUCCAAUACAUGACCAUGGUGAAUGAAGGCGACCGCGGUGUGCUCUUCACCAGAGGCUACUACGACAUUAGACCCGAGCCCCCCACGACGAAGCCUGUGCCGAGAGAGGUCGAUGUCCUUGCACGAGGUGGCGCGAAAAAGUUGUCGCUAAGCGAUUAUGCUAAGAAGAAGUCGGGAGCAGCAGCAUCGGCCUCGCCGUCUGACCCCCCGACGCCAUCAAGUCAGAAGAAGUCUUCCGAUAAGCCGCUAUCGACAACAGAACCCAGAAAUCUUGAUGAGCCCAAGAGCUCGAGGGACCCCAAACGGCCUGACCAUUCUAGACCCAUGAACUCGGAAUCAUAUAGUUCAUCAAGAUCAUCCAAAACCGCGACGAACGAAGUGGUCGUAGUCGACACAAGACCUCCAUCCUUACCUGCUCGACCACCUGAUCCGGAUAGACGAAAACGCCCUGCUGAGACUGAUGACGGUGCCCGGCCUCUGAAGAGGCAGCGCCCUUCUGAUGCCAGUAGACAACCGGAAGAACCAUCACGAGAAGACCCCCUGCGACGCAAGGCUCAAGAUUAUCCUUCAUCGCGUAACCAUACACCUGUUAAGGAUAGUAGACUAUCCAGUUCCAACUCGCUUCUCAACGGCCGUGGCACGGUCAAAGUAGCAACAUCACAACCUCGCAAUGCAUCACCGCCUCCCCGAUCGCGUGGAAACUCAAUGAAUGGCGUUCGUCCUCCUACGACCGGGGCUAAUCGAACGUCAUCCAGCAAGCUCGAUGUAGGAUCAAAAACUUAUGUCCCACCCUUACUCUCACCGCUGCAUCUCGAUAUAAACGAUGGCACAGAAGACACAGGAAGAGGAGCUCAGAAGAAGCGAGCGAGCGGUGUAGAAUCUGGCAAGGUCCCCAAGUCUAAGAAUAUCGAUGUUCACAUCGGCUCGAGACCACCUAGGUCUCCAGUGAAAAUCCCGCCGCUGCUUUCUCCAACUUUACCACCUGAGGUUGAGGCCGAAUUAGAACGAAGAAGAAAGUUAUCACCCCGACCCCUCGAUAGCCGAUCAAGAGAAGAACCAGAGAUCGAAAGGAGAAUUCGGGUGGAUCCUGAUGACGAGGGGAGAGGUCGCAGGACGCACCUGGUCACUCUCAGAGUGCCCAGAACGCUCCGAACUAGGUUUGCAGGGCUGAUGAGGCUCCCUCCAUCUCGGAAAGAACCUCGCUUGUUAGGUCCAACAAGUGGUAGCCACGGUGAGAAGCGGCCGGUGGCUUUGACUGACGUCCCGGCCGACUCUAUCGCGAUGAAGAAACCACGAGCAUCAGACGUAUCCAACACGUCAAAGCCGUCCAUUCCCCCGUCCACACCGUCUUACCGGAAAGGUGGAGCUACGAACAUGUCUCGUGUUAGCUCAAGUAACUCACUUGUUAAUACACCUGGCGAAGCGAUUACCGGGACACCUUCAGUUCCUGGUUCUUCCGAGCGAACUGCCAACGGCCCAGAACCUGUAUCCAAAUCGAUGAUGUCCAAGGUCACAUUAUUAAGAGAGAAAGAGGUAUAUUUCCGUUCUUUAGGGAAGAGACUCAAGCACAACGGAGAUCUUGCUUUUAAUGGACGACAGGAUACGCAAGCCGCAGUCACUAAUGGGAAUACACGAGCGGGAGAGCCUAAUAUUAAGCUUGGAUAUGUUCUUCAUCUAGAAAGCACACUGGCAUUCAUGAUGAGCUUCUAUGUCCAAGACCUUCACCGGAAUCUGUCAAGCAAGGCAGGUGACCCCAGCGGCUGGGGAAGCUUACUUCCAUUGCUUGACUUCUUACGGCGGAAAGAGGGCAGGGUGUUGCGGCCGCUGCACGCUGUGACUAUGCUGCUCCAGGUUAUCGCAUAUGAUGAGAUAACCAAGGCCUAUACGACGCACGACAACCCCAAGGACGUGACUUUGCAAGAAUUUCUGAAGCAUAGGCGGACUCGUGAGAAGAUUAUCCCCCAGCUACGCGAGUAUAAUGCGUCCAUCGACAGCUCUUUCCGCGCCAAUAUCACGCUUUUGACCACCGUCGAAGAUAUCGCCGAAAUUGUCCUGGGUAUCCUUCGCCGCUGGUGUGCUGACGAGGGAAUCGAUUACAAUGCACAACUUAAUCUUCGUGAGGCCGGAGUGAAGAACAUCAUGGCUCGGUCGCACCAUUGA